UUUCCGUAUCGAUUCUCGGCAGCCAGCUGCAAGAAAGAAGGACCCGAAUUUCUAGGAGAAAAGCAAUCAUGAAAUGUGAAAUUUGAUGUAUGUGUUUAUCCCAGAUUGACGAUGGACACUUUUGGAUAACUGCUAUAUCAUUUUAGUAUCAUUCUCAGUUUGCCAGCGGACAAGUUAAUUAAUUUUGCAAAGCAAAUCGUUCCUCCGGAUCCGGUCGGAGCACUGACUGAGUGAAGAGUUCGCCAAGCCGCUACACCCCCGGGCUGAACAACCCAAUCUGUGCUGCUUGCCCGCCUGACUGAGCUAGGUCCAAGAUGGUUAUUCAAGAAGGGAAGUGUACAGACGUUGUUUUCGUUAUUGAAGGGAAUGCUUCUCUUGGUGCUUAUUUUGAUGAACUAAAGGGAAACUACAUUCUUCCCACUUUAGUGCAUUUUAAUGGAGGUCCACUUAUUGACUCAGAUUUUACUGGAGAUUAUGGAAAGACAGUCUUCAGCCUUGUGGUCUUUAACAGUGUUGACUGCUUUCCUGGACCGGCUAUCAGUUGUACAGCACCAACAAGCAAUGCCAAGGAGUUUAUGAGGACACUGGAAAAAAUACUAUUCAUCGGAGGAGGUGGUGAGAGUCACAGUCUGUUAGCCGAGGGUCUAGGGGGCGCCAUGCAGAUAUUUGAUCACAUGAAGAUUAGGAGAGAAGCAGGGACAAAGAUAGAUAGAAUGUGUAUCCUGAUCACAAACUCACCUCCUUUCUCUAUCCCAGCCAUGGAGUGUGGUCAUUAUAGUGGAUACACGGCUGAGCAGCUAGCCGUCCUCAUGGGGGAGCGGAAUGUCAACCUCUCUGUCAUGUCACCAAGGAAGCUGGGUGUCCUGCAGAGGCUCUAUGACAAAUCCUGUGCAGAGCUACAGGUUUUGCCAAACAAGGAUUAUGCCAAAGACGAAAGACACCUCAUACUACUCAAAGGUUUCGAACUCCAAGAGCGUGUGCCUGACAGCAAAGAGAGUAAACAAGUGACUGGGAAUGCAUCGCCAAGACGAACGCUGCCCUCUAGUGGUAUGAAGAAUAGUCCUGGUCAAAGUCCUAACACCAAAUUCAAAGUUCCAACCACACAAUCCAUUGGAAGCCAAGGAGGUGCACAAGGUAAGUACUGUACUUUGUGUUGUUUGAAGCCAUUGUAAUCGCGAGGAUUCAUAUCGAUUAUCAACUUUUCAAAGGGAAUCCAAAUGAAUUUCUUUUGUGGAAAAGAGAAAAUUCAGACAAGCAAGUGGGUGGAAGUUUGAAAAAA